UAUUUAUACCGGUCUCGUCUGCGUGCUUACGUACACCGAGAGCAGAGCGUCGCGACGUGAACAGGUCAUUCAGAUGCGCCAGCGCGUCAUUUGCUGCAACGCAACCCAAUCCCUGCCAUCCAAAACUCCCAGUAUUCCCGGCUUCCUGUCCCGUUAUUCCUCCAUAUCAGCCGUCUGUACCACUGAACUGAAACUGAAGAGCGGAUGUUGAUGUUAUGGACGGAAUUCCAACAUGAACUGAAGUACCUUCAUCUGCCCUGCAAAUAAACGCUGCGUGGUGUGCAGCAUCAGUGGACAGUGGUGUGGAUGUAGCGAUGGUGCUGGAUCUGGGUGAAAACUGCAUGGAGCAGGCUAAUAGAGGAGGGCUCACAAACAAUGUGUCAGAGAUGUUAGAACCAGAGCCCAGUCCAGAAAAACCCAAACCGGUCAGAGCCAGGACAAGCAGUAUCACCCAAAGAGACAAAGCAGCUCAUAAUGGGCCGCAUGUGCCAACUUGUACCUCAGGGGAAAGCAGUUCCCAAGUUCAGAGAAGGCUCCAGAAGACAGAAAGCAGAAAUAAAGGAGAACAGCCACUAUGUCGAAGGCCACUUAGUCUGGAAAUCAAACCACAGCGAGUUCGAGCGGCGCAGCCUGCAGUGCAGAAGACCAUGAAGCCGCCAUGGCGUACCGGUGGCCCUUCUCCACCAAUGAGAAGCCUCACAAGCCUUAGUUUGGGGCCAGGAAACUGGCUUCGGCGGAGCGAAAGCACAUGCACCAUGAUCUCCUCAACGCCUCCACGUGCGGGAAGAGCUCAGAUGAGACCUGCAACCUCCUUGCCUCAUAUUGCCAGGGGUAUCGCUUCACUCCCUUCACCUUCCACACCUCGCGGGCCUUGUCUGCUUGUGGCUCUGCGUCCUGUAAACCUGGAGCAGGAGCGUCAGACCUUUUUUCAGUCCGACUAUCAGUAUGAGCCCCAGUUUGAAUAUUCCUCCCCGGAGCCCGUCAGUGUUUUGGAGAAGUACAAAGAGGGUUCUAGCCUCUUUCUGUCCCAGGCAGUUGGGAUUAUGGAGUGUGUGUUGAGGAAAUAUGAGACGUAUGAAAACUUUGAGGAGGUCACAGGGGGCAACUUGCUACCGAAGAGUCAAGUGUGGGCAGCAACACGCAAGUACCUACAGAAGGAGGGCUGUGUUGGUGAGGUGGUUGUAAGUCUCUCCGAUGAGCUUCUGUCCCAGGCAGUAAUGAUGGUGGAGCGUUGUCGACCAACACUAACCAUUAACCUGUCAGGAGCGCGCCAACACUGGCUUGAGGGCAUGCUGAGACACGAGAUCGGCACACAUUACUUGCGGGGAGUGAAUAACAGCAUGCAGCCGUGGGCCACUUCUGUCGGGAGAAAACAGUUUGGACUGAAACCAGCUAAUCCGACCGAAGAAGGGCUCGCUAGUCUUCACAGUGUGUUGCUUCGGAAGCAGCCCUUCCUGUGGAGAGCCGCUCUGCUUUACUACACUGUAUACCAUGCCACAAACAUGAGCUUCAGCCAACUGUUCAGCCAUAUUGCUCGCUUUGUCCAGGAUCCUGCUGUACGCUGGGAAUACUGCCUCCGUGCCAAACGGGGACAAACUGAUACCUCCAAACCAGGUUGCUUCAGUAAGGAUCAAGUCUACCUUGAUGGGAUUUUAAGGAUUUUACGCCACAGGAGGAACAUUGAUUUCAAAAUAUUAACUGCUCUUGGCAAGGUUUCUUAUGAAGACGUGGAGAGACUUCGGCAUUCAGCUGUUCUACAUGGAACUAGGAUCCCUCACUUCAUGCAGGAUGAGGAACGGUACCUUCAACACCUCGACCACAUAGUCACAGUGAAUGAACUGAGUGACGCAGAGCUUCGAGAGCUCAUACCAUGAAGAUUUUAGUGUUAGGCUUUCAUUUACAAACCAUCAUUGUUGCAAAAAAAAAAAAAAAGCCCUUUUAAUAUAUAAUUUUACCCAGGCCAAAAACACAACGGUCUCUGCAAAGCUAAGGUUUUUAAAACAUCAAGUUGAUUUUAUCUUGGGUUUUAUUUUUAUUUUUUUAUUUAUCGAAGGCAUGAUCCAUGAUGAUCAGUUAAGGAAAUAUGUAAAAGUAUUAAAUACAGCAUGACUGAUGUAGUAGUUUGCUACAUCAAGUGCCAUAUUACUCGGCAAGUCUGUUUACAAAUACAAUGAUUGUCUGUUUUGUAAAACCAUAUGACUCUCAGGCAUGACAGACAUGUUUGUUUUUGGAUUCUCACAUAUGUAAGGUAUGUUCGGAAUAGCAUACUACCAUACUAAUACUAGAUUUGUAGUAUACCAUUUACUGACAUGCUAAAUUUCAUAAUACAUGGUGUAGUACAACAAGCCAAAUUGUGCAAUAUACAAUCACAGUACUGUGCUAAAUACUGUAAUGCAAUGAGAAAACUUGAUCUUCUCUUUCCAGUGCUGAACUGAAAUAGUGCUUUUUUUCUUUUGAUUGAUCCAGAACUAAAUGGGAAUGCCAAAUAUUUGUUGGCCAUUGGAUGUGCUUUUUUAAAACAUGCAAUAUACUUUGCAUACUGUUUUUUAACAUACUACAAGGAAGUACUCUAGUAUUCCAUUCCGAACGCCUCAUACUCAUGAGAAGCUGAAAAAUGGUCACGUAGCAUUUUAACUGCACCUGUACUGUAAUGGGCACACACUGCUAUCUUGCUAGUUAUCGAUAUCACACAGGCAGAACAACACGAGCACUGAAUCAAAUAAUCCACCCAGGCAGUGUUUAUAUGAAAAUCUGAGCACUUCAUUAAGCGUUUUCUGUUAGGUUCUUAAAAGUUUUGUUUUUGCUAUUAUUUAUUUUAUUUAUUCUUUGUUUUCUUCCUGUAUUCAUGUUAAGCACUGAAUGUCUGUGGUAUUAGCUUUAUACACGGUAGGCUUUUUUUCUUCUACUUAGUAUAGCAAGCAAUGCAAAAAGACACCAAGGCUGAUUGAGCUCAGCAAAACGUUCACUGAGAAUAAAAACACUAAGAAUAAAAUUUGCCUUAAUUUCCCCAUCAGAGCUUAUGAAAUAGUACUUAAAGUGCCCCUAUUGUGGGUUAUAAAAUAUUCAUAUUUUGAUCUAGGGUAUCCCUAACAACAGGCUGAUAUGCAUGAAAGGUCAAAAAACACUUUCACCGUAGUAUAAAAUACACUUAUUUUUACCUUAUUGUCCCAACAACUCCUAUAUGAUUUGUUUGCCGAUUAAUUUUCCAAACUCCUCCUUUGUGUGACAAUAAUGGUUUGAGGGAGAGGGGUUAAAGAUUUCCUGAGUCUGAAUGUGCGAGAAGUGAGCAGGCAGUGUUUUGUUCAGACGUCAUGAGAAAUUAUGAAAGCUCUUUCGCUACUGAAUAAUAAGAAUAAAAAGGUUAUUGUGACUUUUAAGUCUGAAUUCUUUUAUUAAAAAAAAAAAGUGUAAAUUCUGGGAAAUAAAGUCCAAAGAAUUCAGAAAUCUGACUUCAUAUCUCAGAAUACUGACUUAAAAUGUGAAAAUAACUCUUUUUUUUUAUUAUUAUUCAGUAGCGGGAACAGGCUUCCAUAUGAAAUGACGAUUCAUAUUAACAACUCUGUCAACUCUUUGUUCUUGGGUCAAGAACUUUAUAUACGGUGCACUAUUAGAUUUAUACCUCAGAUGGAUGUUUUCAUGCACUUAGAGCUGUGUUACACAGCAUGAAAUGUAAUUUUGGAAAACCCAUAAUAGUGGCACUUUAAAGUAGAGAUAUUUUGAAGAAUGUUGGAAACCGUUGACAUCCAUACUAUUAUUUUUUCUUCUAUAGAUGUCAAUGGCUAACAGUAUUUCGGUUGAUAAUCAUUGUUCUUCAGUGAGCACCCUUGGUGUCUUGAUUAGCCAUGCUAAUGUGAUGUGGCACCUUUAGAAGAGAGCUGCCACUGCAUCCUCUGCCUUUCGUACCUGUUUAAAGCAGUCCAGCUUCCUCACUGUGUAUAUGAAGUUUGUGACGGACUCAGGAAGAAAAAAAACAAUGGGAGGUCAUGUGGAUGUGCCUUAUUUGGGUUCAAAACUCAUGUGUCAUGUCAUAGCUACAUGUUAUAUGCUUGAAAUUACAUAUCCAUUUGUAUUUAUUACCACUGUCAGUAUUGCACGAAUAUUGCACAUUUCACGUUGCAGUUAUCUAAUUAAAUUGUACACUAUGUCCCUGUGUUCAAGUC